CUUCGCCAUCCUGCAUCUCCCCCCCCCCCCUCUGCCCCGUCGUCCCCCUGCCCCGCCUCUCCGUGUUGCCUCUCCUGCCCUCCCCGUAGUCCCGUAGUCCCGCAACCCCGCAGCCCCCCGGCAACCCCGAGAUGUACUCGGUCUAUCUCUGCCUCGGUCUGUUGGCCGUGGCGCCGAUCGUGGCCGCCUCCUACAUGGCUCCCCCGGUGAUCGGCGGCAAGACGCCCAAGAAGUCCGCCGCGGCUGAGGUCCUCGGCGAGUUGGACGCCUACACCUUCCCGAUCUACGGGUCGAUUAUGCUCUUCAGUCUCUUCCUCAUUCUGAAGUAUGUGCCGAAGGAGUGGUCGGUUCUGGCCAUGAAGGCCUACUUCACCCUGAUGGGUGUCUUCCUCACUGUGGACACCCUGCGCGACGUGAUGAUCGGCGGUCUGGCGCGCAUUGGCAUCAAGGUCCCCGACUACGAGGCCAUCUCCCAGCAGGCUGAGGGCGCGGCUCCCGCACUCGACGGCAGCCUCUUCGGCCGCCUGACCCGCCCCUACCACCUGCGCCUGUCGCGCUUCGGGUCUUCCGAGUAUCUCUUCGAGCUGGACUUCGACAUCUUCCACCUGCUCAGCAUGGCCAUCACCCUGCCACUGAAUGUGGCCUUCUUGAUGACCGGCAACUGGAUUGUCAACAACAUCCUGGCGCUGCUCUUCUCCUACCGCGCCCUUUGCUCCAUGCGCAUCGACACCUUCCGCACCGGGUUCAUCCUCCUGGUGGGGCUCUUCUUCUACGACAUCUUCUGGGUCUUCGCCACUCCGGUCAUGGUGCAUGUGGCCAAGAACAUUGACGCCCCGGUCAAGCUGGUCUGGCCGUCAGUGGGCGCCGAUGGGGCGGUUCGCUUCUCCAUGCUCGGUCUUGGGGACAUCAUUAUCCCAGGCAUCUUCAUCGUCCUCACGAUGAGCUUCGAUCUGUUCCUCAAGAAGAAGCGCAUUCUGGCCGACCUCAAGCGCAAGUCGCCCGACGUGCAGAACCCCUCGCUGCCAACCAUCUCCGUCUGGACGCACGGGGCCAAUGUGUACUUCCGCUCGGCCAUGCUGGCCUACUGCCUUGGCCUGGUGGCCACCGUUGUGGUGAUGAUCUUUUUCAAGUCGGCCCAGCCUGCCCUGCUGUAUCUGUCCCCUGCGUGCAUUGCCGCGGUGGCCAUCCCGGCCUUCCUGCGUGGCGAGUUCAAGGACGUCCUUUCCUUCAACUCGAGCUCCUUGGAGGAGGACGAGCCAACCCCCGAGGCAACCGGUGCGGCGGCCGUCACUGCCGACGCCGACAAGACCGACUAGGCUACCGGCAUACCCCUCCUCGACCUUUCUCUCUCUCUCUCUCUCUC